AUGUCAAUCGAGAAGAUGAACAGAGUCACAAUUCAGAGCGCCACAUACCGCGCACUGAGCAUAUCAGAUGCGAUUCUUGCAGUAGUCUUCCGCUAUGUCGAACAGCCUAGCGUUGUUUAUACAGCUCAUGGCCUACCUAUACUAACAAGAGAAAGAGAUAUCGCAAGCCUCGCCAAUGCUGCCCGCGUUUGCAAGCUAUUCUCCGAUGCGGCAUUAAGUGUUUUAUGGGGGGACCUUCCCUCUUUGGUAUUCCUUUUCAAGAUAUUGACCUCCCUCGUAGAACAGAGAUCAGAUGGAGGUAUUGCCUACGUCCUUCAUCAACCGCUUCAUGACCAAGAGUGGUUUCGGUUUAAAUAUUAUGCUCGAAAAGUGCGCACAUCACGCUUGGUAUCUUUUACCACCAUCGAUUCUUCAGUCUUCUCUCAAAUUCGCCGCCGGUCGGGGGGACAGCCUAUUCUACCUGGCAUGAUUUUGUUUCGGUGGGAACGGAAUCAUCUCUCUGAACUGAGUCGUCUACCAGAGUUACUGUCACAGUCGCUGCUGAUAUUGGAGGUCUAUCUCGGGCAGAAUCAAGCGGAAACUAACGCGUACGAUUCCACCCUGGGUUAUUUCUUUUCGAGCCUGAACUUGACAUCACCGUUCUUGCGUGAAGCAUAUCUACACUUUUCAUCAUGGUCGUACCUUGUGCCGAGUCUAGCAGGUUUCACUCGUCUUCGUACACUUCAAAUCACACUCAUCGACGGGCCGAUUGCGGACGCACUGCGCUCCUGCGCCUUUCUAGACAAUCUUUUGGAUUUUUCCAUGGAAAUGUCUCACCAAACAUUGGGUAAUGAAGCUUCUGUGGCCGUUGCUGAGACGUCUGGUUUCCGACGACUACAACGCUUGGCUCUCAUUGGAUCGACGGACCUAGUCAAUGCCAUUCUCCAGUGUAUCUCGUCCUCUAAUCUGUCAUCUAUUGCUAUUGAUUAUAAUUACUGGGGAAACUGUCAUGCUGAAGACAUCGAAGUUCAUUACCGUAUCCUCAAUUUAUUUGGGACCAAAUUCCACCUCUCACUUCGCAAAUUGAACAUCCAAUACAGCUUCAUCUAUUUCGAAUUGCAUACACCUUCCUUGGAGUCCUUCCUCUCGCCCUUAUUUCCCAUUCAGGGUCUUGAACGGCUGACAUUUGAUGUGAGACAAGUCAUCUCAUGCGGAGAUGAGAUCAUUCGUCUUGUAGCAACAACAUGGCCGAGAAUACAAUAUGUUUACAUCGAGAGUUUCCCACCUGUGGGCAACGAAGACGUACCAACACCUUCUAUAUCUACCCUCGUCAACUUUGCGCAUCACUGUCCUGAACUACGCUACCUGCAUUUUACGGGGCCUUACUUCCAGCCUCCUCUUUCGGACAGUGCUCAAGAACAUACAUCAGACCCCGAAUUUCCUAUGUCUCAUGCACUGCAGGUUUUGUAUCUCGACAUUGAUCCUGAUCAAUCGUUAGCAUCCAGACUGGAAAUCGCAAAAUAUAUUGACAGGACCUUCCCCCAUCUUCAGUUUCCCAAAGCCAAUGUGGAGAAAGUAUCCAGUAUGGAUAGUGAUGAUGAUGAGUCAAACGAAGGAUGGGUCAGUCUAGAAUUGAUGGUGCUUGCACUUCAAUCAGCUAGAAGAACUCAAGCACAGCGCAAGGACGAGCCCCAGGGAACCCACCAUAACGACAGCCUAGCAGACCUUGAAUUCGAAGAAGAGUGGCUUGGUUUAGAGGUUUAG